AGUUUGGACGUACACAUUCGAGAGAGAGAAACGACCGAAGAAAGAUUGAACGGAAGACUUCUUCUUUCCAAGUAUCCGGAGGAGCUGGUGAAGAAGACAUCUUCAAUCGGCUGUUUUCGUCAAGGAAUCCGAGCGGCAUUUGCUAUAAUCCAUUUCUACAGAAACUAAGGCAUGGCUGGAAAUGCAGCAAAAACAGUGGCAAGAACAGUUGUAGAGUACCAAUACCCAUGGCGCGAAAAGCUAGCCAAAUACAAAGAUGAGCUGGCUAAAGGCGUUUAUGGAUAUUGGGAGCUCGGGGCAUGGAAGCCUUUGAGCAUUAGUGCCCGUAGAAGAGCCCAGCUUCGCAAAGAAGUGCUGUUAGCAGGAGAAAACUGGCCAUAUGAUCCAGAGAGAAAGGAGAUGAAGACUAGAAGGAAAGGGCAUAAAUGUGAUAGAAUAUCAGCUGAGAAGAGGGCUCAUACAGUUGAAUUAAUGGAGAAAAUGCCUCAAAUGUUGGCUGACUAUAGGAAGAGAAGGUGGGAAAAGAAGAUGAAGGAGGAAGAUGCUAAGGAAAAGCUUUAGUAAAACAUGACUAAUGUUUUUUUUAAAGGUUUUUCUAUGUACCACGUCGAAAUAUCAACACUUUAUCGACGUUAUGCAAAAUAAUAUAGAAAUUAUUUGAGUAUUUAGAAGAAUAGUGUUUGUUUAUGCCUUAUUGGUUAUGGACACAAUCCCCUGGUUCAAUGAGAGAGUUUAGAAUGGAGCGUUAA